AUGAGGAUUUUUGAGAAGAAAUUAUUGUUGAGCAAUCAGCCAUUGAAGAAAAAGAAGAGAAGAAGACAAGAGAGAUCCAAAGAUGAUGAUAGAUCACAACCAAACCAUAUUCCUAUUGAUCUAACCUUGGAGAUACUCUCAAGACUUCCUUGGAAAUCAAUUAUGAGAUAUCAAUGUGUCUCUAAGCUGUGGUCUUCUUUUAUCACACUUCCGAGUUUUAUCAACUCCUUCACGUCUCGGUCCACUUCACGGUCACCCACUCUUUUGGUGACCUUAUCGUCAGGUUUGGGAAAAUAUGUUUUCUCGUUUCCUCAACGCCAUAUUCCUGACGGGUCGACUUGUUCUCCAUUCUACAGUUAUCAAAUAACAAACACAGAUUGUGACUUUCCACUAUCCGAGAGCGUCCAGGGACUGAUUUUAUUACCCGGGUUAAGAAUUUGGAACCCAACCUUGGGAUGGUUUUUAGCCUUACCACACCCCGGUACACACAGGUCGAAUCGAAAAGGUUGGUCGUCUUAUUUAGGAUAUGAUCCAUUGGAGAGUAAACACAAAGUACUUUGUGUAUUAUCUAAAAACCACUCGGAUCAGCCACGGGUUAUUACAUUGGGAGCUCGAGAAUCAUGGAGAACAAUACCCAAAGGACGCUGCCCUAGCCAUUGUCUAGCUGAAGGAUAUGGGCGAUGCUUCAAUGGGAUUCUGUAUUAUAGAGCUCGUCUUCGUGGUUAUGGUCAUGAUAUCAUAAUGAGCUUUGAUGUCAAAUCUGAAAACUUCAAUAUUAUAAAAUUUCCGGAGGUUCGCUCUCGUAAGCUUCAUAUGACACGUUAUGAGGGAAGCCUAGCCUUAGUUACUCGUGAUUAUGAUGGUGUUACACUCUAUAGUUUGAAAGAUGCACAUGGACAUGAAUGGACACGUGAACGAUUUGUUAAUCAUUUACCAAGUGAGAGGGUAUGGAGAGACUCUUUACGUUUCAGGGGUACUACAGAUGCUGGUGAGUUUAUUUUUGCUCCGUAUGUUUUCCAUGACGCGUUUUUUAUUUUAUAUUUUGAUCCGAGGAGAAACAGUACUAGAGAAGUCCUUUUUGAAAAAAAUAUGGAUGAGUUUAGACGCAGUUGUGGACUUCAUAAAACCCACUCGUUCACUAUGGAAAUUUUCCUUAAUCACAUCGAGAGUCUCUUUUCUUUGUGA